CACAUGACAGAGAACGGAUGUCUUAUGCGCACAGGAACAGCUUCAUCUUGCUAUUAUGGGCUCAGAGAAGCACUUUGACAACGAGACUAAAAGAAGUGGACAUUUAAUAUGGUCACUCUAGCAGCUAAUGAGCUAACUGUAAAUAAACCUAUCUGAGUACAGUAAACAGUAUAGUUUAAACGAUAAAAUCAUACCGCAGGCAGUUUACACUCAUGCGAUAUGUUUUUAUGUAGGUAUUUCGCCUAUAUCUAGCCUGCCAUAUAUAUCAUUGUUUUAUCAGCAGAUCAUGGGAGUGGGCCUGCAUUAAAAGCUCAUGCAAAUAGACGCUUGUAAAUGACACUUUUGUGGCUUGCUGCAUUGUGCUUUAAUAAUGAAUUACGAGCAUUAGUACUGACUUCACUUAUAAAUAUAGAUUUAUGGCAAAUUGCUUUAUAAUUUACAAUGAUGUAAGUAAACACACUGUUUGAUUAUAUCUGUAGGUUUGAUUGUCAGUGAUCGCAAUGAUGAAACCCUAGUUGGUGAUUUGUCUGUACAGGACCCAAAUCAUUAUGCUAAAUUACUAUGGCUAUACGGUAGAGCCUCUGGGAGGCAGCAGGGAGAGGUCAGGAUGGCAGGUGUUGGGGCAAGUGCCCCGGCUAACCCUGCCUGUAAGAUCAUGACCUUCAGACCUACCAUGGAGGAGUUUAAGGACUUCAACCAGUACCUGGUUUAUAUGGAGUCUCAGGGAGCUCAUCGUGCUGGACUGGCCAAGGUUAUUCCACCCAAGGGCUGGAAGCCACGUCGCAGUUAUGAUGAUAUCGAUGAUUUCGUUAUUCAAGCACCUAUUCAGCAGAUGGUUGCUGGCCAGUCAGGACUCUUCACACAAUACAACAUCCAGAAGAAACCGCUCACUGUGCAAGAAUUCCGCAGACUGGCCAACAGUGACAUGUACUGCACACCUCGCUACCUGAACUAUGAAGACCUGGAGAGGAAGUACUGGAAGAAUCUGACAUUCGUCUCGCCCAUCUAUGGUGCUGAUGUGAGCGGCACACUCUAUGAUGAGGACAUUGAAGAGUGGAACAUCGGGCACCUGAACUCAAUCUUGGAUGUGAUUGAAGAGGAUUGUGGAGUGUCCAUUCAGGGUGUAAACACACCCUAUCUGUACUUUGGAAUGUGGAAAACCAGCUUCUCCUGGCACACGGAGGACAUGGACCUCUAUAGCAUCAACUACCUGCACUUUGGGGAGCCCAAAUCCUGGUAUGCCAUCCCUCCAGAACAUGGGAAGAGAUUGGAACGUCUUGCCAUAGGUUUCUUUCCUAACAGUUUUAAAAGCUGUGAGGCGUUCCUGAGACACAAGAUGACACUGAUAUCCCCCUCUGUACUAAAGAAAUACAGCAUACCAUUUGAUAAGAUAACACAGGAAGCGGGGGAGUUUAUGAUCACGUUUCCCUAUGGUUACCAUGCUGGCUUUAACCACGGCUUCAACUGUGCUGAAUCUACCAAUUUCGCCAGUAUCCGGUGGAUCAAUUAUGGAAAAGUUGCUACGCAGUGUACAUGCAGUAAGGACAUGGUGAAGAUCUCUAUGGAUCCAUUUGUCAGACGAUUCCAGCCAGAUCGCUAUCAGGCUUGGACACAAGGCAAAGACUCAUGUCCAUUGGAUCACACCUUGGCCACACCUAGCACCACACCGGAGCUGCAGAGCUGGCUUCAGAGGCGUCGCAGGAAAGCACCGUCCACCUCAAGUUUCCAUUAUUCACGUACAUGCUCCAAACGACUGAAGACUGUGGACUCUGCACCAGUGAAGGGGGGUGGUCGCAGGAGUAGAGGAGCAGCUUUAACAUCGAAAAACGAGGAUAAUGAAGACUCAGUGAAACACCAGUACUCAGGGCUCACUGGUCCAUGUCGACAAAUGUGCGUUGUGAAAGUAACAAGAGUGGAGAAUGACUUGCUGGCCCACUCCACCAGACAAGUCAAAGAUGAUUCCUCUGAGCAACUCUCGACCCCUCCACUCACCCCCACAUCCAGGCAGAGUGACCCCGAUCUAGGUCACACCAGCUCCCAGACGUCUUUAAUUUUCAGUGAAGGUCGAGUAUCCACAAACUCAAACUCCACUGUACAGCCUGGACCUGAAUCAGCCUCAGACCGCAGCGUCACUGUGGAUGUGACUCUGAACUCAGAAAAAACUGCUGAAAGUCCUAAUCAAGCAUUAAACUGUGAACCUGUCUCAGUGACAAGUGCUCCUUCUAUUCCUGUGACCCAUUCACUGAGACUUAAUUCCACUGGUGCUGUUUUAUUUUCAGAAACUGAUUCCCAACAAGCUAAAAUUGAAACAGAAGAGACGGUUGCCGAUAUCUUGUCUGAGAGCAGCAUCGAUUACGGCACAUCAGCACUUUACAAAGAGCAAAGCUUGAUCCGUCUAGACUCUGCUCUUCAGGGUUUGGAAACCUCAGAAAACAGAACAAACGCUGAAAUCCAGAAUGCUUCGUUUUGUGAAAUGCCUCUUCUAAUGCCCGAGCUCAUAGAAGAGAGAGUCAAUCCUCAAUCUCUCGCACCUGAAAUGCCCUCGCUGACUCUCGCUGUCCGACCCGACACCACAAAUCACAGACCUCACAGUCCUAACAUUAAUGCACCUGUUCUCCAUCUGGAAAGAUCACACUCGCCUCCUGUUAUAACACAUGAUGUGGAUACUUGUUCUGAAAGACCUUGUCCCGAUUGGCCCUUUGUUGCACUCCAGGAAGGUGUAAGCCAAUCACAAAACUCAAUCUCAGACACCUUUAGAGCAAAAACAGCAUCUCCUUCCUUGGUUCCACAAUGGGGGCCACCAGAGGAAUCCAAACAGGAAGGAUAUGAACACGUCCCAUCCGCAGUCAGGAACACUGAAAAUGAGUCCAUUUCACAGUUUAAAAUCACUACUCAGAGUAUUUUACAAUGUUCUACCAUAGCAGAUGUGGGUUUAAUGGACACCCAUGACUCUGAAAUGGCCAGUGGCACCAACAUGGCAUCCAAACCCUUCACCAUUUGGAAAAACCUCAGCUCAAAGAAUCCCGCAGUGCUCAUUGAGAGCUUGCAGCCUGAGCUGGUAGUUGGUCUUACCACAGGUGUGAGCAGUCUUACAGAUUAUGCCCAUGACUCGCUGCACUACACCAUGUGGUCCAAAUCAGGGUGCCAACAAAAAAAGUUCCCUGAUUCUCCAAACUCUUCACCAAGCACUCAGACUUGGACCAACCUGGAGCCCAUUCCCAUGCAGUGCUCUGGUGCAGACAUGGCUCCAAACGCACAUCUUGAUCUGAAGCAGCAGAACAUGGGGUUGGAACCAGCUGAAGCUUGUGUGCUCAGUGAGCAGGCAGGCUCUCAGGAACCUCAUGAGGAAGAGUUUAAAGGUCACGAGUAUUACGGAGGUGCAAAGUCAGAGCAUGAUGGGUCUGUGAGCGAGUCUGAUUGGUGUGAAUCAGGAGAUAAAGGUGCUGACAGCAGCAGUGAAUCCAGUGAGGAGAACGCCAUGAGUGACCCUGAGUAUGUGGAAACGGGUCUGGAGCCAGGGGAAGUCUGUACAUAUCACACGCAAACUGUUAAGAAGACAGCCAAGAGUUGGCGUCACCCCCUUAGAAAACCCACUGCAAGAGCAGUGCCAAGUGCUGUGAAACAGCAGGCUGCCAGCGAUGAUGAGACUUUAGAGGACUGUGUAACUAAAGAAGAGGAGCCAGAAACUGAGGAAUGGGCAAAGCCUUUAGCGCAUCUGUGGCAACACAGAAAAGCUAAUUUUCAGUAUGAACGAGAGUACAACACAACUGCAGCUAAAACCUCUCCACACUGUGCUGUCUGCACCCUUUUCAUGCCAUACUAUCAGCCUGAUAAUUUAGAGGAGAGAAGGCACGAUGUCUUGAGUGCUGCCACAGAGUCUCAGGGGUCAUGUUCAAAGGAGGUGGGCUUGAGAUCACGACCUCUGAUUCCUGAAAUAUGCUUUGCGUACCAGGAGGGCCCAUGUCCCUUGAACACACUGCUGGAGGAGGAUGGAUCCAGUCCUCUUGUGGCCUGUAAUAGUUGCUGUGUUCAAGUUCAUGCCAGUUGCUACGGUGUUGCCACUCAUGAAGUCAGCCCAGUGUGGACAUGUGACCGAUGUGUGAGCGGAGACCUGGCAGCUGGAUGCUGUUUGUGUAACCUGAGGGGAGGUGCAUUAAAAAGAACCUCAGAUGACAGAUGGGUCCAUGUGAUGUGUGCUGUGGGUCUCCCUGAGGUGAAUUUCAUUGAUGUGGUGAAGAGAGCUCCUAUUGACAUCAGUGCCAUACCUGUACAGAGAUAUAAACUGAAGUGUAUAUAUUGCCGUAACAGGAUAAAGAAGCUGUCCGGAGCAUGUAUUCAGUGCUCAUGUGGUCGUUGCCCAACCUCUUUCCAUGUCACUUGUGCACACGCAGCUGGAGUGCCCAUGGAGCCUGAUGAUUGGCCGUAUGUGGUUUUCAUCACCUGUCACAGGCACCAGUCACGGAGCUCCAGUGCUAGAGUGAAAGUUAGCAAAAGUGAAUUAGAAGUGGGCCAGACGGUGAUCUCCAAACACAAAAAUCUUCGUUACUACAGCUCCCGUGUUACCCAGGUCAUGGCCCAAACAUUCUAUGAGGUUAUGUUUGAUGAUGGCUCAUUCAGCAAUGAUACAUUCCCUGAAGACAUUGUGAGCAGAGAUUGUGCCCAGCUUGGGCCUCCUGAAGUGGGGGAGGCUGUUCAGGUGAAGUGGCCUGAUGGACUUUUUUAUGGAGCCAAGUACCUUGGCUCUAAUACUUCAUAUAUGUAUCAGGUUGAAUUUGAAGAUGGGUCCCAGGUAUUGGCGAAGAGAGAGGACAUUUACACGCUGGAUGAAGACCUGCCCAAAAAAGUCAAAGGUCGUUUGUCCACGGCAUCCAGCAUGCGUUUCCAGGAUGCCUUCUUCACCACACAAGGUGAAAGGAAACGGCGACGCACACCAAAUUCUCGAUUUCAGACGGAUUAUAUUGCCCAUAUUAGCCCUCGAACCUUCACCAGGAACUCAGAAACAUGCAGUAAAGCCAACUAAUGGAGGAAUGGAGAGGGGCUGUUUUAAAUGGGUUUGAAGAUUGUACAUCAGUGACAUCAUGAUUUUUAAAAGUCUUAAAUACAGAAAUACUGUUGUCUCAUAUGUCAGGGACAAGAAUGUUUUUCUAAAUUAGAAGUUUUUCCUGUUAUAUUUCAGAGGUUUUUCUAGCCUCAAAUGGUAUUCUGUAGCAUUGUUAUCUUGUAAUUUCCUCCCCAACACUGCUGAGACUAAAUUCACCUGCAUGCUUGUUUUGUAUAUGAUUUGUCUUGUCAUGCACCAUUCCUAGUCACUGACACUAUUAGCAUUGAGCUUAAAAUGGUAUAAAUGCUAAAUAAAAAAAAUAAAAAAUAAAAAACUGGACUACUGUUGUCUAGCAAUGCACAUGUCACAUUUUACUGAAAAUCUUGAUCUCUUUAUUUAUUUGGGCUUUUAUUCUUUCUUUUCUAUGUGGUGCUUACAGCUGUUGAAAAAAAUAAAGAGAUGUUUGCUUUGUGA